AUGGAGUUCCGACGCCAUCUUUAGAGCGAAGCUACCGGUAGAGUGGGAACUCCGUGCCGCUGUUGCUCCGUCAGGAAUCCUCGGUCGAGAUUCUCUCCCGUCUCUGAGCCUCUUUACCUCCGCCCGCCCAAGAUCGCCAACCUUACGCCUGUACAACAUGGGAGACCGAGAGCACCUAGUAUAUCAGGCAAAACUUGCCGAGCAAGCAGAGAGAUAUGACGAAAUGGUGGAGUCCAUGAAGAACGUGGCGCGUAUGGACACAGAGCUGACCGUGGAGGAGCGAAACCUGCUGUCUGUGGCCUACAAGAACGUCAUCGGCGCCAGGAGAGCUUCCUGGAGGAUAAUCAGUAGCAUCGAACAGAAGGAGGAGACCAAGGGAGGAGAAGACAAACUUAAGAUGAUCCGGGAAUACAGGCAAACGGUUGAGAAUGAACUGAAAUCGAUCUGUAACGACAUUCUGGAUGUACUGGACAAGCACCUCAUUCCUGCUGCAGGCUCGGGAGAGUCUAAGGUUUUCUACUACAAAAUGAAGGGUGACUACCACAGGUACCUGGCCGAGUUUGCUACUGGGAACGACAGGAAGGAAGCGGCGGAGAACAGUUUGGUCGCGUACAAAGCCGCCAGCGAUAUCGCUAUGAGCGAGCUGGCGCCUACACACCCCAUUCGCCUGGGACUGGCCCUCAACUUCUCCGUAUUCUACUACGAAAUCCUCAACUCCCCUGACCGCGCAUGCAGGUUGGCGAAAGCGGCCUUUGAUGAUGCGAUUGCAGAACUGGAUACACUGAGCGAGGAGAGCUACAAGGACUCCACACUCAUCAUGCAGCUGCUCCGUGACAACCUGACACUAUGGACAUCAGACAUGCAGGGAGAUGAUUCCUAAGGACAACCCCCCCUCCUCCAUUCCCUCUUAGAACUGUACUUUGUGAAGAACAGAAUAAAGAAGCACUGCAAGAUGUGGAGGAUGAGACUCAGUGAGACUUCACGGCCAAUACACAACCCACCCACCCCUGCCCCGAUCUUUGUCUCUCUCUCGCUGUCUCUCUUGCUCUCUCUCU